AUGGAGGCCCUGGAAGAGGUCGAGCUCUGCUUUCCCCACAUCAACACCUCCUGCAGGAGGACGACCCUCCCUCACUCAGAGCUCAUUUACAGUGGGCUCUCCUGCGUCACUCUGCUCACCGUGGUUCUCAACCUGCUCGUCAUCAUCUCCAUCUCCCACUUCAGGCAGCUCCACACCACCACCAACCUCCUCCUCCUCUCUCUGGCGGUGGCAGACUUUGGUGUUGGCGUCCUGCAGAUGCCGGUUCUCCUUCUGCACAACCAAGGCUGCUGGUACUUGGGCGACCGCAUGUGUGUCGUGCAUUACUUUUUAGGUUUCCUCGUCAUCAGCGUGUCCGUAGRAAGCAUGGUGCUCAUAUCGGUCGACCGCUACAUAGCCAUUUGCGACCCCAUGUUUUACACCACCAGAGUUACCCUGAAGAGGGUGAAACUCUCCGUGUGUCUGUGCUGGAUCUUUUCUGUCAUUCACAGCAGCUGGAUUCUGAGGGAUUUCUUAAAAGAGCCAAACAGGUUUAACUCCUGUUAUGGAAACUGUGUAAUUGUCAUCAGUUUUGCCGAAGGACUCGUGGAUCUUGUCGUGACCUUGUUAGGCCCCAUUCUAGUGAUUGCAGUUUUGUACUUGAGAGUGUUUGUGGUGGUGGUGUCUCAGGCUCGAGCCAUGCGCGGUCACGUCGCAGCUGUAGAACGUUCAGAGUCUGUGAAAGCUACGAAGUCUGAGCUGAAAGCCGCCAGGACUCUGGGUAUUGUAAUUGUUGUGUUUCUACUCUGCUCCUGUCCGUAUUAUUGUUUCGCUGUUGCGGCUGAGAGUAACCUCGUCGGGGCGUCAUAUGCAGCUCUUCAGAUUUGGUUGUUGUAUUUUAAUUCCUGUUUAAACCCUGUGAUCUAUGUUUUCUUCUACCCUUGGUUCAGAAAAGCCAUCAAACACAUUGUUACACUGAAGAUUCUGCAGACUGGGUCCAGAGAGGGCAAAGUGCUGUAG